UGUUGGAAUUAUUACUAUUUUAAACUCUUUCUUAUAUUUAUUUUAUUUAUUUUUUUCCCUUUUGUUGCCCUUGUUGUUAAACUCUUUCAAAGACUACAAGAAACCUUUUGCAUUCUCUUUAAGAUCUGCAUUUCUCCGAGUCCUGGAACCUCUAGGACUAUGCCCAUACUUCUUGAUAUUUAAAAAAAAUUUUUUUUCACUUCUUGAUAUUUCUUCUCUCUGAUUCCUCUGUUAGGCCCAACCAAAUCAGGAUUACUAGUGCUGCUAUCCCGCGUCACGCUGCUACUGAAGUCUUACUUUGGACUGUUGCCAGAGACAGCAAGCCUGAGACGUCAGCCAGCCUUCCAGCUCCUCAAAUCUGAGCCCCCGGGAAUCUCUCCACCUCGCCCUCGAAGCCAGAGAGCCGCCAUGGCCUGUCGGGAACCGCGUGGGAGCCCACCACCCGCCCCCACGGGUGCCGACAUCCAGGCUCCUCCGGCAGGCUGCUCCUCCGCGGACCCCGACUCUCCCGGUCCCCCCCGACGCCUGGCCUCCUCCUUCUCCGUCGAGGCCCUCCUGGCCAGGCCCGGCCCCCGCGCGCCCGCGGGCUCCAGCCAGCAGGUGCCCUGCGCUGCCCCGCUCCUCCCCGCCGCCCGCUGCCAGUCUCCUGCCCUCGCUUUGCCCUGGCCGGGCCCCGAGACGCCGCCGCCCGCCUAUCUGAGCGUAGGUCCCUGCCUGCUGUGCCUGCAGCCACCGGUGCUGUGGCCUGGCUUCUGGGGCCUCCCGAGUCUCGGAGCCACAGGCUUGGAGCUGGCUCAUUACCCAGGCCUCCAGGAUCCCCCAUACUGGGCCCUACAUAAGGACCAUCAGGACAUUGAGAGACCUCCUAAAAGGGUCCGAGUUAUGUUUAACUUGAAGCAGCUGGAAGAGCUAGAAAAAGUUUUUGCACAACAGCACAAUUUGGUGGGGAAGAAGAGAGCCCAGCUGGCAGCCCGACUCAACCUUACAGAAAACCAGGUGAGGGUCUGGUUCCAAAACCGCAGAGUCAAGUAUCAGAAGCAGCAAAGGCUGGAGCUGCUGUCCACAUCUACCAUGACUGAAACACCUUUGAACAGCUCUGACACCAGCAUAAAGAGAGAUGGCGAGUCCAGAGUAGAUAGCUGAAGACUUGAACAGAGACUCGACCCAGGCUAUCUGGACCAGGUUUUUCCUGAGGACACUCACUAAAUGGAACUUCCUGUUCCACAUCUUAAUGAAAAAUCUCUCAAGGUCUAAGGGCACAAGAGGAAUCUGAACCGCCAAGCAGUCUUUUUCUAGAUUGACUCUUACAAAUUAGAAUACUGUAAUCCUCACUGCCACAAAAGGUCAUUGACUUUCCUCUAUGUCCUUGCCAAGCAACUGAACUUUUGAGCCUUUUUUCCAUCUGUAUAAUGGAUAUAUUGACAACUUAGAUUCCCCAGGGCUGCACUGAUGUCUGUAAAACACUUACAUUGUGCCAAGUACAGUGCCUUAUAUGUAGCUACUGUUAAGGCUUAUAAGCCUCUCACCUGAAGGAGUGGUAUCUAUAUCAGCCUUAGUCUCUCCAUGGAUAAAGUUUUUCCUGGCCUACUUGUGGAGAAGUAGCUUCUUGAGUCAGUUGGGCAUAGAAGAUCUCCCUACUAGAGAUCAUGGAGUAGAAAUCAGAGAGAAAGGCACACUGUUUACUGCCUCUCGCAGAGUUUACCAAUUUUUCUAGUUUUGUCUGAAGUGUUACCACUUUCAGAAGGAGCUCAGGCUCCUUGGAGCAGAUAUGCUAUCCUGGACACCACAGCACCAGAGUUUUUUUUUUUUUUUUUUUUUCAAUGCAGUGAGGAAACAGAAGCAAACAAACUGUUUCUAAAACUUGUGAAAAUUAUGGUGGUUAUCUUUGGGAAGUGGGAAUAUAGAACUUUGGUGGUGGGUGUUGUGUGGAAGUAUACAUUGUAGUCUUACAAUCUUGUAACUACUGACA